UACUAAGUCAUGACUAAUUUCUGUGUUUCGUCUCCUUCCGCUUGUGCAGGACCCAGUGGCCAAAGGGACCACGUACUCCGCGUUUAAGAACGCCAUGAGGAGAAAACUGGCGGCCCGGGCUUCCGCUGCCAGCAGCCCCCUUGUCACAAGAUGGCAGCAGCGGCACGCUGGAGGCGCUGCCGGGGCCCGCGGCUCGAACCGGCUCAUCAGCGCCACCGCGGCCACGGCAGUGACAUCUCAGGUGCCUAAGGAACUCUCCAGCAUAAAAACUGUUGUGACUCUAGCUAGCCAACAAGCUGCAGCAGGCUUGGAAGGGAGGAAUAUUGGGAGAGCUGGCAUGGAAAAGAAACAGAAACGUCCUUCCCAGCUUCCAGUGGUCCAGGAUGUUGGAUAUAGCAUUACAGAAAAGGGUGACAUGAAGGUCUGUGAAAAUACCUAUUGCACCUGGAAGGGGUGCCGAGAGAGGAACCAAAAUGAGUUUAGAGCUGUUACCAAGAUGAAGCUUUCUGUACCAAUGGAGCUAGAAGUGAGGCUUCAUAUUACUGGCUUGCGCAAUGAUUACUAUCUAAACAUACUGGACUGGAGCCUUGAAAAUCUCAUUGCUAUUGCUGUAGGACCUGCUGCACACAUCUGGAAUGGAGGAACUCUUCAAGCCAUUGGAAGCAUUGAUUUGAAUUCCAGUUCCAAAUACAUUUCCUCCCUAGCUUGGAUAACAGAAGGAGCUUGCCUUGCGAUUGGCACCAGUGAUGGAGAAGUGCAACUGUGGGACAUUGAAACCAAAAAGAGGUUGAGAAAUAUGUUUGGUCACCUGUCCGUGGUUGGAGCUCUGAGCUGGAAUCAUUAUAUUCUGAGCAGUGGUUCACGACUAGGAUCUAUUCAUCACCAUGAUGUUCGGAUUGCUCAGCACCAUGUUGGGACUCUUUGCCAAAAUAAACAAAGUAUUUGCAGCUUGAAAUGGUCACUAACCAACCAGUUGCUGGCAAGUGGGUCUAGUGAUGGUAUAUUGAAUAUCUGGCCUAGUGACCCUGGUGUAAAAUUGCAGUCACAGCCACUUAAAACCAUACCACAUCCCUCAGCAGUUAAGGCUAUGAACUGGUGUCCUUGGCAGUCUAAAGUCCUUGCUAUAGGAGGUGGAAUGAAAGAUGGGAUUUUGCGUGUCUGGGACAUUAAUUCUGAGAAAAUAAUCCAAAGUGCAGCUACAGAUUCUCAGAUUUGUUCCUUGCUGUGGUUACCCAAAACCAGCGAACUGAUGACUGGACAUGGCCUUCCUGAACAUCAGAUGAAAAUAUGGAAGUAUCCCAUACUUACCAAUUCAUCAGAACUCUAUGGCAAGUAUUUCAUUCACAAAGGGAGAGUCCUCCAUACAGCUCUGAGCCCAGAUCAGAGCAGGCUUUUUUCUGUUGCAGCUGAUGGGACGUCUUGUCUGUGGAAAUGCCAUGAGCCUGGGGAGAGCAAGCACAGCAGCAAGCCUUUUUCUGAGGGUUGAGCUCAUUUUUGUGACUUCUUUUCCUUGAAAGCAAAUGAUUUAAAUGUAUUUAGCCCAUUCAGUAAUUCAAAAUAUGUGUGUUCCUUCCAAUGGAAACAUGGCAAAAGAUAGUACAAUUUUUUUCAAGAGAAAGCCAUUUUCCUCAUCAGUCCAUAAUGUGAAAUAUUAGUAGCUUGUCUUACUUACCCUAGAGGAAAAAUAUUCUAACUCUAAAGAAUAACAGCAUAUUUAUUUUCAUUAAACUUGCAAGUUUAAUGAAAUCCACCCUGUGUCAAGUUCUAGCAUAAAGUUGUAGGUCCUGCUUUUAGCAGUGAUGCUUGUAAUUUUAUAACAUCUUAGCAUCUCCAAUGGAAAUCACAUGCAAAUGUCUAUAAAUUGCCUUGAAUCAUUCAAAGGCUAGGAUCAGCAGAUACCACUUCAAGCGUCUGUAUUGUUCUACAUAUCGCAUAGGUCAUGGUACAGAAUCUGUUUAGAUAUUUGUAGAGAUCUGGGUUAAAUAUGUAACUGUAAAUAGAUAUAAAUGAUUUCUUGGGAAAUCUUUAUUGUUUUCACAGUGGUAAUAAUAAGUAGCUUAAUUAGCAAACUGUCUCUAUUGGAUUUUGAUUUGUUUCCUUAAAUCCACCUACUAUGUUUGACAAUGAAAAUAUAAAUAAUUGCUUCAUAAUUCUAUUACUAUGCAUAAUUAUGUGAUCAACUAGUUAAUAAGCCGGGUGGACAUAGUGAAGCAGCACACUGUUUUGAUCAAACACAACAGUUAGUUAAUUCAUUCCUCAAGGGUACCAAUUUAAUUUUGUGUGACAGCAAACCUGGUAGCUGUUGCCUUCUUAUGCGUUGUAUUCAGUGUUCACAAGAGCCAAGCAUCUUUGACUUUAACAGACAUUUGCCUGUGUAAGACUUCUACACUGUCAACAGCUAUGUCAGGAUUGGUCUUCAGGUGCUAUUCAGAUGCAACUUAGUAGUGUUACUCAAGACAUGUUCUAUCCACAAAUAUCUUUGGAGCUUUGCUUUUAUUAUUAGGAGUGACGAGAGGCAAGUGGUAAGGAUUCACUCUUGCACCUGUAUAUUAGAAGCCCUGUGAGCUCAGAAACUCUUAUUAUUUUGAUUUUUUUUUUUUUUCUCUGGGAAUGUAUUUAGACUAUUUCCUGUAGGUGGGAAGAAUGGGAGAUUAGGGGAGCAGUGUCAGCCCAUGGAAAAUUACACUGUAAUCAAACACAUGAAAAGAGAUAGGAUAUGUUAGCAGGGAUGCAAGUAUCUCUGGAAAUGAAUGUGAAACUAUCAUGACUUUAGUUCUCAUCAUUUUUAAAACCUCAUCUUCUGCUGUUCGUAAAUCACAUGGUUGCUAACUUCACAUCUGGAAGUCUGAGACCAUUUUUUACCUAGUAAUUAAAUCUGCUACUAACCU